UAUUUUAUUUUUUUAAAGAAAAGGGUUAAGAAAACGGUCCAAACCGGGAAACCGUAAGCGUCGACGAGAAGUACAACUGGACAACUGAACCGAACCGGGAAUGGUCGGGGAGCUUACGAGUAGAGGAAGCCAUAAGCGUUGGGAGGACGCAACGACGUAAAAGUUAAAAAGGUCGUUCGUUUCUCAGACCAACAACAUCCAGAGACCAGAGACCAGAGACACAGAGAGAGGGCGAGAGUUUGAUCGUUGCCCUCUCCGUCUCCGAUCCAAAUCUCAUUUUCUUUUCUUCUUCACAUUUUUUGCAUUUGCAAUUUUACAUUUCCAUAAAUAAAAAACCCUAACAAACGACGACAUUGUUAUAAUCAAUUAUCUGCAAAAUUCAUAUGAUUCGAUUUCUCUUCUCGCGGCACCCAUUUUUUCAUGCGACGGUUGAAUACCCGUAAAGGGGUCAAUUCGAAGCCGACCGACGACUACGACAGCAACAAUAUGGACCCAGUUAAGCUCCAAGUCCGACCCAGCACCCGAUCCAAUCUCUUCUCUCGCAAUCCCAAGCACAACACCAGAUCAAGCUUCUUAAUUAUCGCUUCACUGACGAUCGCACUAGCUUUCACACUCUGUUAUCUUCUCGUUUCCGCGAGAAAUUCAAGGAGUUCUGGGAAUAAACGGUACGGGAUUGUGAUCGACGGGGGGAGUACGGGUACCCGAAUCCACGUGUUCAGGUACGGAGUCGACGGCGGCAACACUGCCGUCUUCGAUUUCGGCACGGACGGGUUGUCGUCGAUGCGGGUUAACCCGGGGCUCUCGGCGUAUGCGGAGGAUCCGGAAUCGGCGGACGGGUCGUUGCGGGAGCUUGUGGAGUUUGGGAAGGGUAGGGUUCCCAAGGAGCAGUGGGAGAACACGGAGAUAAGGCUUAUGGCCACGGCGGGGCUCCGACUGCUCGAUUUGGAUGUCCAGAAUCGGAUUCUGGACUCUUGUAGAAAGGUGCUUCGGAGUUCUGGGUUUAAGUUUCAGAACGAGUGGGCUACGGUGAUUACAGGCUCUGAUGAAGGACUAUAUGCUUGGGUUGUUGCAAACCAUGCCCUUGGCACUCUUGGUGGCAAUCCUUUGCAGACAACUGGGAUUAUUGAACUUGGUGGCGCUUCUGCUCAGGUGACAUUUGUUUCAAGUGAGCCAGUGCCUCAUGAGUUCUCACGUGUUGUUAAAUAUGGAAAUGUCACUUACAAUCUCUACAGUCACAGCCUUCUUCAUUACGGCCAGAAUGUUGCAUAUGAUUCGUUGAAAGAAGCAAUUGUUUCAGGAGACUUCAACUUAGAUGCUGAAUCACUUCAGAAAAGAAUGUCAAUAGAUCCUUGCACUCCUAAAGGAUAUUCAUAUAAGAUGCAGUCUUCAAAGCUUUCUCCAAGUUCUUCAGUUGAGAAGAAUAGACAUCUAUCUACUCUUCAAUCAAGGGGUAACUUCUCUGAGUGCCGAUCCGCUGCAAUAAUGAUGCUGCAAAAAGGAAAAGAGAAAUGUUCCUAUCAACAUUGCAGUAUUGGAUCAAAUUUCAUACCUAAGCUUCAGGGAAAGUUUUUGGCUACAGAAAAUUUCUUCCAUACAUCCAAGUUCUUUGGUUUGGCUUCAAAAGCAUUUCUUUCUGACCUGAUGAUGGCUGGACAACAAUUCUGUGGAGAGGAUUGGUCAAAGUUAAAGAAGAGACACCAUCGACUCGAUGAAGAAGCUUUGCUUCACUAUUGUUUCUCUUCAGCAUAUACUGUGGCCCUACUUCAUGAUAGUCUUGGAAUUGCUAUGGAUGAUGAAAGGAUCAGGGUUGCAAAUCAGGUGGGAAGUAUUCCACUCGAUUGGGCUCUGGGAGCUUUCAUCUUGCAAAGCACAUCUGACUUGGAUUGUGGUCUCUGUCAAAGUGGAGGAAACCCCAGUUGAAGACAAUUUAUGACCUGGAGAAAGGGCGGUAUAUAGUUACUCAUGUUAGUAGAUGAGAUGUUGAUAGCUUCUAGAGGAAGAAUGUACACUUGUUAUGUUAGAUCCGGAGGAAAGAGUGGUGCAACAUGCUGAACCAGAUUCACUUGAGCAGGCCUCGGUUUAUUGCCCAAGGCCAUCCUUAUAAGGUUACCGACCAGAAGCGAUAUUGUAUAGUGUGGGUAUCUGCACAGAAUUUAGUGGUAACAUUUUUUGUGCCGGCGGAGCUAGGCUUAGAUCCCCAUUUUGUACUUGGAGGGAAUCCAAUACCUCCAAUUAAUUAUACCACAUGCUCUCUCAUUGCCCCCAAAUCCGAAUAGGAAGUUUAGGAUAAAAAUUGGGGAAGGCUUGUUGUGAGGGAGAUGUAGAAUGUUGUAUCAUUGUAUGAUAAUGUGGUAAUACACGUUCUUUCUUCACAA